AUCGAGCCCUGACAGGAGCCAAUCAGUGAGCGGAGCGGUUGCUUGGCGUUAAGCACGCGGGAAGUUGUUGUGUGAUGGCGGCUGAGGAUGCUGACAUGAUGCUUAAAACUGAUAAAAGUCGAAUAGUUGACUUAUCAGGGAUGGGAUUGCAGCAUUUGGAUACAGUUGCGCUGUACCCGACAAGUAUUUUUACUCUGAUUCUGGACAAGAACCAACUGACUAAAUUGGAAAAUGUGGAGAAAUGGGGAGAUUUAGUACAAGUUGGUGUUCUUUGGAAAAAGUUUCUUUUGUCUGUAGCCAACAAUCGCCUAGUCCGGAUGAUAGGUGUAGCAAAACUGAUCAAUUUGCAAGUCUUAAACUUACCUAACAACAGUAUUGGAAAUGUGGAAGGCCUGAAGGACUUGGUUCAUCUGGAGUGGCUGAACCUAGCUGGAAACAACAUUAAGAUGAUGGAACCAGUCAAUAACUGCUUGGCACUUCGACAUUUAGAUUUGUCAGACAACAAUAUUUCCCUGAUAGGUGACCUAUCAAAACUCUUGUCUCUGCGGAUACUGCUAUUGCAUGGAAAUACUAUCACCACACUCCGGUCUGCUUCUAGCCACCUGCCACCAGACUUGAACAUCCUCUCUCUAGCUGAGAAUGAGAUUAGAGAUCUAAAUGAGGUUUCUUAUCUUGGAUUCCUUCAUGAGUUGGAACAGCUGUCAAUUAUGAGCAAUCCUUGUGUAAUGGCUACCCCCUCCCUCCCUGGAUUUGACUAUAGACCAUAUAUAGUCAGUUGGUGUUUAACCCUGCGGAUUCUAGAUGGUUAUGUAAUCUCACAGAAAGAGAGUCUCAAAGCAGAGUGGCUUUAUAGUCAAGGGAAAGGCCGAUCGUUUCGACCUGGUCAGCAUGUGCAGUUGGUUCAAUAUUUGGCAUCAGUUUGUCCUCUCACGUCAACUCCAGCACUACAAUCUGCAGAGGAUGCUAAACUUGAAAAAAUCCUAAGUAAACAGAGGCUUCACCAAAUGGAGCUUCUGGAGAAGUUCCAGAAUAGCAGCCAUAUUUCACAAUCAAGUCCAACCCGAGAAUUGUCAUUUCAGAGUGAGCGCAACAGCCCAACUCAAAGUUGCGAUGGUCAUAAUGUAAAAGAACCCGUAAUUCAAAUUAACACAUGGAUUGGACCAACUGGCCAUGGAGACCAAUGUCAGACAGUUGAGCAGUUCUCAUCAGGACAGACUGCAGGGACUUGUCAUAGUGAGCUCUUCUUGGAGGAUAUUCAGACUGAUGAAGACAAACUUAAUUGCAGUCUUCUUUCUUCAGAGUCUACAUUUAUGCCUGUAACCAAUGCAAUGUCUCCUCUUUCACCUUCCAGCGAUCUAAGGCUUCCGGGACAUAUCCUGGCUGUAGAGACUGAUGUUAUGUCAUCAUUGCAUUUGGAAACUGGCGAUAUGCAUAAGGAUAGCGAUGAUCAAAAAUAUCAGAGGGCUGCAAGAAGAACAGAAAACUAUGGAGGAUGGAUGGAAAAAGCCAUCGAUAAAAGUAAAGAAGGGAAUGACAGCAAAUUGUUCCAUGUAUCCAAUACAAUCAAAUCAUGUGUAAAUAUUAGUUCAAAUGUAAACAAAUGCCUAGAGUUGGCUGCAUUAACAAAAGAGCACAGUUUGCUGGAUAACAGAUUCCCCAAACAGCCACAAAUGGAAGUUGACCAGAAGAUGGUGGGAGAAGACUCAAAGCCAGAUAAAUCUGGUUCAUCUGUAACAAUUGAGCCAAAUCCAGAACUUCUAAAUAAAAUUAAUACAGCAGCCAUAAAGAUUCAAGCACUCUGGCGAGGAUUCUACAUCAGGAAUUGCAAUAAGAAGGGGAAGGAAGUACGUUGUGAAAUCCGGCUGCGUAGGAUGCAGGAACAUGUACAGUACUUGACUGAGGAAGUAAUCAGAUGGAGGAAAGAAUAUGAAGAAGAACGUAUGCAGAGGAUGGUGCAGGAAGAAGCUAUAAAGUUUUUAUGGAACCAGGUUCGGAGCCUACAAGAAUGGCAAAUAUGCAUGACGCAGAAGCAGAAUGGAGUAUUGCAGCCUGACACUAAAGAAUCAAUUUCCCCUCAACAUAUGUUUAUCCACUCAUCUCAAUGCAUGCCACAGUCUCACCUCUUGAAUAACCACCUGAGUCCAAACUCUGGACAAGAUACUCACUUGGGUUGUUCAUUGCAAGAGUUUCCCGAUUCUGGCUUUCAGUCAUCAGACAUCACCCGUAAUUGUCUCCAAGAUUCCCUGAAUUCUCAUCGGAGUUCUUCAGCAGGGAGCACGAACACAGUUGUAGAAGUCCCCUGUGUUGUUACAAAAGACAGUGAGUGUUUGACUGAAGAGCUUCAGGAGCCAGACACCCUAGAUUCCAGUCUCACACCCAGCAGUAAAGAAAAUUCCGAUAACAGCGAACAGGACAGCAGUCUUAUACAGCAGUAUCUUAAUUCAUUAAGGCAACUAGAUGCUGAAGAAGAUGAACCAAAUUUUAGCAGGAGAACAGAAUGCAGUACUAUGAACAAUGUUCAUGAUUCCCUCUGUGGUGCUUCAGUGCAAAUGUCUGGAGAUUCUAAUACCAAGUUUCCAGAGGUUUUCUGUCAGGCACAAGAGGGUGUCAUUGAAAUUGACAUUGUGGACUGUGUAGAUGUGCAAGGAAAAAGUCACGAGCCAAUUUUGAAGCAUUGUGUAGAUGCCAAUAACUAAGUAACUGCAGUCAGUUAGGAACAGUGCUAAUAAAAUCAUUUUCUGACAAGAUGCAUACUUAUGUGAAAGCAAUAUUUGAAGGCAUUGAAAUAUUCCAUAUGCUGAAAAUGCUACAUUUGAAAAUGAAAUGUUAUCGUGAUAAUUAUAUAAAAUACCAAUUUUCAGAAACUUUGUUAGGAUAUGAUUUAAAUGGAACACUAAUAUUUAAUUAUUUAGUUUUUUUCUUGUCAACAUUCCAGCUAACAAUGAUUUGCAGCCCCAAUAUCUACAAUCUUAACAUUUUUGAAUGGCUUUUACUGUUCUGAAAAAAGAUUUCCUCUCUUCUCUUCUGUUGAUGUACUGAGCCAUUCACAAUUCCUGGUUCAAAAUCCACACAUCCCUUGACAUCUCCUCUCAGCAUGAUAGCACAACCAAGAUUAUUGCAUUCCUGUAUCAUCGUGGUGAUUUCACACACCACACUAGUAAAACAUAUGUAGCAGCAAUCUAGAAUGUCAUUAGUUUGCCAAUUUGCUUCUGUUUGUAGCCUUUAUUUGUGGAAAAAUAUUCUUCAUUGCAAUAAGUUAUUUCUAUGUGUGAGGUGUUGCUCUUGUUGGACUGAUUUAGCACUACUCCUCUAAGAAAGGAAUAGAUUAUUAUAGUUUUGACAGAUUUCAGCAACCAUAAUUUCUGUCCAUUCUAAAUUAUCCUAUGUUAGUAAACAGUUUUUAUGUCCCAAGGAUUCUAAUUAAUGAACAGUUGAUGGACAACAGAAAACAGUUAAUCAAAAGCAGAAAUAUUAUAUUUUAGUAUGUAUUAUGGAGUUUUUUUUUAGAAAAACACAUGAAACCAUAAGCAGUUACGAGUGUGCAUUGUUUUACUAUUGUGGAAUAAUUUAUUUGUCAUUCCUUGGGAAAGAGCAAGAUUUAUUGGAACUUCAAACCAAAAAUUGAUGAGGUUAAAUUGCAAAUAUAGUUCUGAGAUGCAAACCAUUUGGUCUCCAUUCAUAGAAAAAGCUGUAAUGGGACAGUACUUUAACCAGCUUAUUGCCCCUGAUCAUUAUUCCAUAAUUCUUCUUGUGUCUGUGAGCAUCGGUGAAGAUAAACCCAGCCUGGAUUGUGAUGUCAAGUAAUUUACCAAACUGUUGUUACCUAGCAUCACUUAGAAAAUUAACUUUGACUUGUCAAAGCCUGGAAAAUAUAUCCUGCAUUUUGCUCUGCUAUCUGUGAUGAGGUGGAGCAAUCAAUUUACUGGAGAAUUACUUUUGUGAAAUUAUAGCAGAAAUAAAAAACAAAGCAGACUGGUUUUGCCUUUACUAUUAGGUCUUGUUUUGUGUAACUAUGGGGUUUGGAGCAAAUCCUGUUGAGCUUCAUUACACAUUAGACAUGUGGCAUGAAACAAGCUACUGAUCUGAGAGCUAUUUGCAAUUGAACUUGUACAUAGAGAUUAAAACUGAAGAAAACACUACUAACACUGAAAAAAGUUAGAUUCCUUAUUUGAGUGAUUUAUCGUUUCAUUUUCUGUAAUGAAUAUUUAAAUGCUCAUAAUAUUAGGAUUAUUGAUAAAAUGCAUGAUACAUAUAUCUUUGAUACAUUCAAGUAGUUUCUAUUGACAUUUAUGGCAAAUAAUAACUAACCACUAAAAUAUGCACGUAGAUCUUACUCACAAAUAUUGCAAUUUUCAAAUAAAUUGCAUUUUACAAUGGUAGUAUAAAGAAAGAAAAUAGUAUCUAAAGAAUUAAGUGACUAUUUUACUUUAGUGUAACCUAGACGCAUCUAUUUUUACUGGCAAUUUUUACACUUUUUCCAAAUGUUGCAAAGUUCUUUUCGACCUUUGUUAGUUUUGGUUCACGGAUGUAUAUCCCAUCAGAAAUGCGAAUUUAAAAUCUAUGAGCCAUAAUUGUCUGUGUCAUAUGUGAAGAUUGUUAAUCAUAAGGGGGGGGGGAGAAGAAAAGAGUUAGGAAGUGAGAUGAGCAAACUGUUAAGUCACUGAGAAUUCCCAGUCUUCCAUGUAGACAUUUUUGUGGUAUUAUUUUCAUUGGUUUAACCUGUAGGGUUUUAAAAUCUGGGUCAAAUUUGUUUAUUCUUGGAGCAAAAGCAUACUGGAGUUAAAAUUCAUACAUUUGUGCAUACUGGAGUUAAAAUUCUCUGCACCAUCCAAUGAAGACAAAGAUUAUGAUAAUUCAAUUCCAAAAAGGUUAGUGUCUCUGCAAAACAAUCUUUUUGCAAAAUUAAAGUAAUUUUUACCUUCUUUCUGCCUUUUUCAAAUUUAGCUUAAACACUACUGACUUUUAAUUUUUCUAUGUUUAUACUGUUUUAUUGGGGUGAGAACUUGAAAUGCAGUUAUUUAUUAUUCAAAUUUAAGUUAUCUGUAUAGUAAUAAACUUUUUUAGACAUAUUGGGUUUUUAAAACAAAUUUAUUUUGUGGUUUAUUUAACUGAUUUAUGAAACUGAGCAGCGAUAUUAAUCUUCAUUUGUACAUAAGGUUUACUUUAUACAGUCAGCUAUCUAUUUUAUUUGAAACAGUCCAUAAUCUAAUGUUUUAAAACAGCUAAACAAGCAAUUAAGGUUCACAAACAGUUUACAGAAGUACCUUGUACCCCGGUCUCAGAUUAGAUCUUUAAGUUUAGUCUGUGCAUAUCUGUCAUAUAUACACCUUUUAUUACCUCCUCUAAGCAAUCUUUCCCAUGAGUUAUCUGAAGUUGUUUGUUAUUUUAUAGAGAUAAGAUAGGGGGAAAUUAACAGUUGCAGCAAAUUGAAAUUAAAAUGUGAGUUCCAUCAGCUGAAAAACAUAAAUGAGUUACUGUUUUAGAAAUUGACUUUGUGAUGAUAGGUCUCUACUCAAAAUAUCAACUUUCAUAAAUUUUAGGAUCCUCCCUUUUGGCAUUUAAAUUUAAUAAUCAAGGGAGAAACAACUUGAUAUUAAGUGAGUGGAAUCUGGGCCAAAAAUCUGCAGAUGUUGAAAAUCCGAAACAAAACCAGAAAUUGCUGGUAAAAGUUCAGCUGGUUUGGCAGCAUCUGUGGAGAGAGAGAAUGUUUUGGAUCCAAUCCUCCUUUUUCAUUGUUUUACUUUGUUCUUAAUUUCCCAAUAGAUUGACAAAUUUAGCAUGCAAGCUGAUAAGUCAGUCCAUUCACGACAUGAGCUCAACAUUGAGACCAAAGUCCAAAUUAUAGCUUGAUGGAAGUUAAUUAUGUUGAAGGGAUUAGUUUGAGCACUCUCUCUAGAGUCGAAUGCAACAAAGUAGACUUAAAAAAAAAACUAUUCUUGAUCUGAAUUGUGGCACAAUUUAACCUUGAGCAAUUACAAUACAGCCUACGAAAUUUGGGUGCUAUUUAACCUGAACAGGGUGCACACGCUUUCACCCAAAAGCUUGUCCCAAUUAAGUACGGAUCAAGAAAAUUAUUUUGUAUGAAGGUGUAAACUAUUAUUUCUAUAUUUGAAUGGCAAGAUUGUGGCCUAGUUUGUUUAUGUUAUAUUUAUUUGAAUAUUUUCGUACUUUUUUGUAUACCAGUUUAAAACUUAAUAAAAUGAGUUUCAAGCA